AUGUCUUUUUCAAGAUAUUCAAUCGUCAUCACUACUAUUUUUAUUCUGAUAAUAAAUUACCCAUUAUAUGUCAAUGGUACUAAAGAUUAUGUAUUACAAGGUAGUAGUUCCACACUUAGCGGUGGUCAAAUAGCGGGUAUUGUGAUUGGAUUUAUCGCCCUAUGUUGUUUACUUGGAUGUAUAGGAGCCGCCUGUAAAGGUAAGGAAAACGUGAAGCCACAGACAACGCCAACGCCACCGCCGGAAUAUGCAUUGGCUGUUGUGCGCAUACCAUAA